GGGAAGAGUAUUUUUAAUCUUGGAGUGUAUAUAAUUUCGAAAGUAAAUUUCAGCAAUUGAAACGAGCUUUUGACGUAAGUUUGUGUUUCAAGUUCUUCUAUUCACUACAAAAGUUCUUAUAUCUCUUAUUGAGUGAUCCAUUCUUCACUGAAAAUAGAAUGAGUUCUCACUCAUGUAUAAAAUGGGUCAAUCUGUUUUUUACCCAACCCAUUAGUCACCCAACCCGUUUUGACCCGCAUAAAUAUGGGCUGAGUUGGGGUGUGACUCAUAUUUUAUUUGACCCAUUAUCAACCCGCCCAUUGCCACCACUAGAUUAGAGCUUACAUCUUGCAAGUUUAUUUAACUAUAUCGACUCAACGACUUUCAUGCGCUCCAUUACAAAAUAAACUUAAUAAUCUGAAAGAUUAGAAAAUUACCGGUGCCUGAAAAAUAUAUAUGAGUGACCAGUAUGUAAAAGACUUACAUGUUUACCCUUAAAACAGAUAACAAUUAAAUUUGUAUGCGGUUUUAAGGAUAUGUGGAUUGAUUCCAGAGAGUAGGUUUGCCGAAACGAUGGGAAACGAUAUAUGAACCUCGGUUCCUUCCUUCGUACGUUACAACCGAGGUGAUAGAUAAGCUGAAACGUCUCGUCAAUCACGUUGUUCUGACUUCGGACAUGUGUCAGUCAUCGGCUGGCUGCGUUUGAAUGUGAAAUGUCACGCAUUGACUGUUUUCCCCCUAUAAAAGCUUCGACCUUUUGCAUUUCUUACACUUUCCAAUCCUAGCUUUUACCUUCGAAUUUUCUAACAGCUUUUAACUUUUCCGAAUCCUCAUAUCUUGCUUCUUGAACCUUUAUAUCUUCAUCUUUGAUCUUCAAACCUUCAUAUUUUUUCUUGGAUUUCCAACCCAAAUCUUCAUAUCUUCAUCCAACCUUCAAACCUUCAUACUUUUUUCUUCAAACCUUCAUGUUUUUCCUUCGAAUCUUCAUACUUCCCUUCAAAUCUUCAUAUUUUCCCAUAUCACUAUGGCUAAAUCUUCCAAGUCAUUGCCUCAGCAGACUGCCCCUUCAUCUUCCCACCCGACCGCAGAUGCCGAGGUGGCUCCAGAGCCCUCUAUGAAAAGCUUCAUACCUGGGGACUGCUCUAUCGGGGAUGACUUCAAGGUCGAGAAGGCCUCUAGCCAACAAGACCGGGGUAAGGGAGCAUCAAGAUACAUAUGCUUUGUCACCGAAGAAACACUACCCGUAGUCCGAGCGGACUGUAAGUGGGAGGGCAAGGACGUGGUAGUCCCCGAGCCCAAUGACGAUAUAACUACUCACGUGAAGGGGUAUCUGAGUGUUUACACUUACCCCUUCAUGCUCGCCCAUGUGGAUCUCGUAGUUCUUGCUUUCUACAAGAGAUAUGAGGUAUGCCUUGGGCAAAUUCACCCAUUCUUCUGUAGGAUUGUGAUCCUCUUGCGCUACUUUGUAAACAACACCGAGUCUCCCCGGUGCACCCUCGACCACCUACUCCUCUUGUACAGUCCUCGAAUCUUUCGAGGGGGACUGAUCAAGCUCGUCCGCCUAGCAAGCAAGGCUCCUUUCUUGAGCAUUGACGAGGACCGAGACCGAGGUUGGCAGGGGCGGUUCGUUCGGGUGAAAACCGAAGACCUGAUUCCCCCCGAGUUUAUGCCGUUCCCCGAGGAGUGGAACACAUCCCGUAAGUAUUGUCUUUCUUGGGUAUUUCUUCCUUUUUAUUUCUUUUUCUCAUCGCUUGUGUUUGUGGUCGUGCAGCCGUUGUCCAAUUUCCAGAUGCAAUCCCCCGAUUCAAGGAUUGGAUCGAGGGGAUUUGUAAGCAGAUGCCUUACUCCGAGCGCGCAUGGUGCAAGCUUUCGAAGGGAAAAUGGGAGGCCCGUUCUCAGGGUCUACCUAAGACCACUAAACUUAGGCCGCUUGAUGAGGACGAGGAUCCGCCUUUUCCUGCUGAGCCCUCAGUCUCGGGACAGUCUGGUGUUGCCAUGAAGGAGGAGAAGAAAAAAAGAGAAUGUCGACGGGUGCCUCGGACCCCGAGGGGAAGAGGAAGAAGAGGGCGGCCACCCGGACCCGGAAGCCCAAGAAGAAUACCAAGUCCAGGGCACCGGACCUUGGCUAUCUCUACCAGCUCAGGUAUGAGCCCGAAGAAGAUGACAUCUUCGUUGCCCAUGGAUCGCCCCCCACUGGGGAUCAGAUAACGACAGAGAAAGGGGGCCACGAGGCUGAUCCCCUUCAUGCUCGGGAACCUGAGGGGGAGAUGGAGGUUGUGACCUCCCAGGAAGAUGCUUCCGUCCCGAAGGAGGCGACCGGUGUCAUUGACAUCGUAGAGAUGCCCUCCUAUAAUGAGUCCAUGCUCGAAGAGGCCCAAGCGGGCAAACAAAAGUCAAGUGAGGGAGUGCAGGGUUCGGAUGAUCCCCUUAAAUCCUUUUUUGACGGCAUGGACAUGUCCACACUGGAGGAUUAUUUCGGGCUGGGCCACCUGGAGAUCCCGAAGCCUUCGGGAGCUGGCGGGCCGAGUUCGAGCCCAAAACUGGUGAAGCAAUUUCCCGCACCGAGUGUGGACCAUGGGCACAAGAGAAUGAUCGUUCUUGCAGUCCCGGAGGAUGCUUGGGUCCUGUAUGCUCCGGUGGGCGUAGCCAGCUACCUCCAAUACCUGGUGACCGAGAAGGACCAGGCAAAGAUGAACGAGGUGGGCACGUCAAGUCUUUUCAACGAGGCACAACAGGAGCUAAACCGGGUCUCAGUGCUUCACCAUGAAAGCUUCCUCCAGUACCGCUUGGAAAUCAGCAAGCUCGAGUUUGAGCUUAAAGAGCAGGUCCUGAAGAAGGACAUAUACAGGCUUCUCAACGAGCAACAUGACGAGGCCUUAAAGACCUCCCGAUUCUCCAGGCCGAGCUGGAAAAAGCUCAGAAGAAGGCCUCGACCUUAAGCGGGAACAUGCCGACCUGGUUGAAAAGGUCCAACAGAAGAUUGACCUGAUCGACCAGCUCUGAGCCGAGAUGAACGAGGUCAAGGCCAUGGCGGAAGAGCGGAAGGGCAGGAUGGACCUGCUGACUUCAGAGAAGGAAAUUGCAAAGGCGGAGUUAGCAUUGGUUAAGAACCAACUUUGGGUGGCGAAGAACAAAGCUGAUAAGUGAUCUCAGCUGAAUGAUGAUCUCCGAGCACGAUUGAGCUUGGCCGUCACAAAACGGGAUGCCCUCGGAAGAGAAUAUGAGGCACCGAGGUCCAAAUUAGAUAGAACCUUUACUGAUGCCAAGGAAAUGGUGGCCCACUACAAGGCUGAUGUGGAGGCAGCCGAGACUCACCUAAAGACAAAUGUUGAAUAUGUGAAGCAGCUGUCCCGAAGAGAGACCCUCGAAGAGAUCCAUGCCCAAGGGUUCGACCUAUAGGCCGAGAUUGAGUAAGCUAAGAAGCUCGAGGUUGAGGCAAAAGAGCUCUAUAAGCUUGAGGGUUCCGAGGGCUCUGAGGGAUCUGAGGGCUCCGAAGGUUCUGGCGACGAGUUAGUCCCCGGUGAAGACUAGACGUAGAUGCCUUAGUACUUUUUCAGUUUUUGGUUUUCCUUAUGUAUAUUUAUUUUUUGUUCAUAUUGAUGCCGUUUUAUUGGGCCUUUGUAAAUACAUUUUGGAAUAUAUAUAUGAAAAUUUUCCUUUCUGGCA